AUGAUACAGUCGUCAACCCCUGUGACCCGCACGAUCUUCAUACGGACAUAUGUUCUUAACGAUACUGCAAUGAAUGCCAGAAUAAAGAAUGGGAUAAUCAUCCCCAGAAUGAAAGGAAGGUUUGACUCUGCUGCUCUGGCUGCGAAAUCUACUGGACUGAGUGUUGGCUUAAAAGCUGUUCCUCCGGUUGCAAGCGCAGUGGCACGGCCAAUGGUCGACGACAUUGACGGUGACGCUCUUUGGGUCUGUUCAGGUAGACUUUGGAUCGAUGCGGAUUCCCUCAUCUGUCGCUGA